CGGUCUUGACCACAGAGGCAAUAGAGAGAACGUGGACGGUGUUAGCUUCAUUCUCUGCCCAAUGUUGAAUUUAACCGUGUUGACGGUUUGACAGUUAGUUGGCGUUGAUCGAUACAAGUGACGGAGUCGGGAAAUAUAACGUUGUAGCUAUAAAAUGACGGAACGUUCCUCGUUGUUGUUACGUAAACAAUUAGCAGAGCUCAACAAGAACCCGGUGGAAGGCUUUUCUGCGGGUCUCGUAGAUGACGAUGACAUCUAUCAGUGGGAAGUGGUGGUCAUUGGACCUCAAGACACGUUAUUUGAAGGAGGUUUCUUCAAAGUCGCCUUAACCUUCCCUCGUGACUAUCCUCUGAAACCUCCCAAGAUGAAGUUCGUCACAGAAAUCUGGCAUCCAAAUGUGGCAAAAAAUGGAGACGUCUGCAUCUCCAUCCUGCACGAACCUGGCGAGGACAAGUACGGCUAUGAGAAGCCCGAGGAGCGCUGGCUGCCCAUCCAUACAGUUGAGACCAUCAUGAUCAGCGUUAUCUCCAUGUUGGCGGACCCCAAUGGAGACUCUCCUGCCAACGUAGACGCAGCUAAAGAGUGGCGGGAGGAUCCUAAAGGAGUUUUUAAGAAAAAGGUGGCACGUUGUGUGCGGAGGAGUCAAGAGAUGGCUUACGACUAAGGCCUUACUGCAGCCAUCAACACAAUUGGAACUGCACAGGGGAUUUGACAACUAGUUAAGUUGGCUAGAUGACCACGGGGCCCUCGGCUAGUCACCCAAACAAGAAAAAGACUCGCAGGAAAAGUUUAAAGACCCAUAUCUCUCUACUAAUUUGUUUUCUUGCAGUUUGAGGGUUGAUAUUUAUGAAUUAUCUGAAUGGCAGAGGCUGCCAAAAGUACAUUUCCACCAUCAAUUGCACCAGACACUUUCUGGUCAAGCAUCCACGUUUCACUCACAGGAAGAUUAAUGAUACAGCCGGAGACUUUCUCUAAUGUACAUACUCGUCAGAUUUGAGGAGAAAUCCCCUUUUGAUAAAUGCAUGUUAUUUAGUUUACAUUUAUAUUGACCUAUUUAUUUAGAGUGAGGCUGUUUUUAAGAUAGCAUAUCAUCUGUUUAUGGAGGGUUUUUUUUUUUUGUUUGUUUUAUUUUCAACCUGCCACACUGAGCCAUCCAGUCCACAGCUAUUUUAAUCAAAUAUGCAAUUUUGCAGUAUUUGCGGUCACACUGGCUCUCAUUUCCCUGCACACCCCAAGUGUUCUGCAGAGAAAGUGGUCCUCCUUCUCCCUGACGGGCAAACUUCUCACCCAGCGCUGCCUUAACGUUGACUGCCAGCAAAGGAAACGCAUCUUCAAUAAGGACUGCAACUGAAGGCCUGUUUAGAAUCCAAAGAGAAUACACCAAUAAAUAUAUAUAUUUUAACAAA